AUGGGUUCAUCAUUGUUGGCGCUAAAUAUGGAUCAGGCCAUGGAAUUAGAGGAGGGAUUUACGCAAGUGAAGCUUGAUGUUGCUCGAAUUGAAUCUAUACGUUUGCGGCUUUCGUUUGAUUUUGUGAUGGUCAAUAUAUCUGCUGAUCUUUGGGUAUUCUAUAAGUCACCAUUUGUUUGCUUGUGGGUUGGUUCUUCUGACCAACACGUCACGUUAGAUGCUCAUCGUCCAUUAUUGCCUAGCUCCUUGGUGUUGUCCUGGGUCCAUGCAAGGUGCUUCGUGGAGGCUCGCAAGGACUUGUGGAGGAAUCUCUUGCUUGACAAGCGGCAGUUGCGUCCUUGGAGGGUUCGAGCUCAGGUAUGGAAGCCGUUGGAUCGGCUCCUUCUGAAUGGCGAUUGUGCGGAUCUCUCCGCCUCUAACUCGGUGGUCCAUCUGGCUAGACAUCCUUCAGAUCAUGCCCCUCUGAAGAUCACGUUUGCUACCCUUCAGGAUGAUAAGCCGCGGCCAUUCCGCUUUCUGAACAUUUGGACAUCACAGGUCUCUCUGUUAGAGGUGAUUCACACUGCUUGGAGUGUCCCCGCAGAUGGGUCUCCCUGGCGUGUACUGUGCACUAAGCUAUUGACUCUGAGGAGGGCCAUCCAACAAUGGAAUAAAUGUUCCUUUGGGAAUGUUUUUGAGGCUGUCAAGGUGGCGGAGGCAAAGAUGGUUCUGGCAGAAACAGUGGCGGAAAGUGAGAACUCGGAGGAAGCUCACAUUAGCCUACAGGAGAUGCAGGCGGGAUUUCAACAUGCAUUGGCAAUAGAUGAGCAAUUUUGGAGCCAAAAGGCUUGUGUCAAAUGGCUCUCAAAUGGGGACCGGAACUCUAAAUUCUUUCACGCGGUGGUUAGGCAAAGUAGGGUGCAAGGUAUGAUCUAUCGGAUUAAAACGCAAAUGGGAUCUUGGGUGGAGGAGGAUGGGGAUAUUGCCACUGAGGCCAUUCGGUUCUUCUCUGGCUUGUACUCGGAGGCUGUGGUACCCAGCGAUGAGUUGCUUUCGCUCAUCCCUCCUAUCCUAACGAGGGAGGAGAACCUAACCCUAGAGGAUAUUCCUUCAAUGGAUGAGGUGAAACGUGUGGUGCAUGCCAUGGAUGGGGAUAGUGUUGCGGGUCCGGAUAGUUUUACGUUUUUGUCGCGACCCUUGUCUGAUAGAUUGGCUGAUUUGUUGCCAAAGUUGGUCUCUCCCCAGCAGUCAGGGUUUGUUAGGGGCAGGAAUAUUGCGGAGAAUUAUUUGUUGGCUCAAGAAGUUGUCGCGGGCAUUGGAAAGAAGGGGCACUGGAAUGCUCAGCUGUUGGCUCAGGUUCUACCUCGGGAUGUGAUGUCUUCGGUGUUGGGGAAACCGGUCCCGUCUGAAUAG